AUGCUCGCAUCUGGGAGUGGUCCAGGGUUCGAUUCCCUCACGGCACGUCUUACGCGCCUCCAAUGGAAUACUCGAACUUGCUUUCUCCAGGCACUCUCGCAAUGUUUCUCCCUCUAUCAUCAUCUCAUCUUCCCCAUCAUCAAUAACGCCCCAGAACAAAACCCAACAAAGCACUUUCUAUUCUCUUCACACUUACAAAACAUCUUCUACAUCGUGGUGAUGGACGUACCAACAACUAGCCUCAACGCGUUCAACGUGGGCUUGCAUGGGGGCCAACUCCUCGAAAAGAUAUCUCCUGUUGACUCUAGAAAAAGUGAUGGCGUCUUCAAAAUUAACUUCCACCGCAACGCUUUCCAGACCGUGGCCUCUCAGAAUGGAUUCAUCUGGGCUGCGGCAGAAAUCUACGACAGGAACACUGGACUCAACAUUCGGGUGGAUAAUAUCUGGCUUGCUAUUCUUGCACAGCUAAAACCCUAUAUCUACCAAGCCGUUCGCCCUCAGGCAAAACAAGAUAUCCUGACCUUUACUCGAGCAGAGCUCAAUAACCCAGACCUGGUGGCGAAGCGCUUGUCCGAUAUGGUCGAAGCAAGAAUUGGACCUCAAGUCACAAAUGUUCUUAUGCCCCAUUUCAGCACCACCAUGCAUACGGAUUCCGGGGCGGCCGCUCUCAUACUACUCGGCACACAUUGCAAAGCUCAGCCCCAUCGGAUAUUCAUGAAACCUAAGGAGACUUACGAUCGCAAGACUAUGGUGGUCGUAGGAGAUACGGCGGACUGGGAAAAACUGCGUCAAAGCUUCGCGACAAUCAGAACCUGGUCCCCGGAUUUGGAGGCCAUGGUAUCCCGUCAUUCAAGCUUACUGGACAAAAUGCUAGGAGCUGGUUAUCAAUUCGACCAUCCGGUCCCUCAAAUUGCAGCUCAUCAUCUGGACUCUAGACCAUAG